GCAGCAGCAGCAGCAGCAGCAGCCAUCCCCAUCUGUGCUCCACUGACUUGCAUGACGCUGAAGCACCCAUCAGAGCACCAAGCCAUGCAGCGGACGAGCAGCAGUCGGCCGUCCACGCGCUUCUUCAGCCAAGACCGCCAUGCUUCUGCAGCUGCUCAAGCCGCAGUCCAAGCGACGCCAGCGACCCAAGCGACCCAGGCGACCCAGGCGACCCAGGCGACUCCAUCGACAGAGCCCACCAGUCAGAGUAAUCACACUCAGACAAGCACAGCACAGGAGCCAAGCGCCCAGCAGCCUCAAGCUCAGUCCCAAGCUCAGUCCCAAGCUCAACCUCAGACGCUCGUGUUCCGCGAGGGCGCCAAUCCGAGCUCCAUUGGCCAUGUCAUGGUCCCGAAUGUUGCCAAGUGGCGCAUCUACCCAAAGACGCCGCUGUGGGACGAGUGGAAGACCAUUCCGGUGAUUCAGAAGCUGAUCGACGGCCGCCCAGAUGCAUUCGCAGACGACCGCGUCGGAUUUCAGAACUUCCAAGCCCAGUCUGGCCACUGGAACGCUGAUCUCAAGACAAAGAGCAGAGUCGCAAGUCGAACCAACUUCCGGCACCAGCGGCUGGGGUCCAACCCGGUGCAUGGCAUUCUGGGCGUCGCAAAGCCGCCGGAAAUGCGUGCCUCCACCAUCGUCGAGAUGGUCAAGAAUACGCUCAACGCAAAGUGCGGACACGGUGGCGCGCUGGACAUGUUCGCCAGUGGUGUCAUGGUGCUUGCUGUUGGCAACCAGACUCCCGUGCUGCACGAUUACCUCAACCAUGUGCACAAGUCCUACUUGGCGGUCGGCGAGCUGGGCUACGUCACCGAUUCACUAGAUACCCACGGCAUCGUUCUGGAGACGCGCAACCACAAGCACGUGACAGAGGCGAUGCUGCGAGAGGCGCUGGGCAAGUUCCGCGGCAAUAUUAUCCAAGCCCCUCCAAGGUUUAGCGCCGUCAAGCUCCAAGGUAUGCGUCUGUCGUCUCACGCCCAAGCUUGGCGCGGAGAGUUUACUCGGAAAAUGGAACGCGAGCAGCAGCAGCAGCAGCAGCAGCAGCAGCAGCAGCAGCAGCAGCAACCGGAAGCGGACGAUUUCCGUCAGUACGAACUGAUUGACGAGGCAUCACAGCACUACCGCUUGAGCUCGCUCAGCGAGCUGGCAAAGACUUUUGUUCCCGCACAGCGCCCGGCCGUGUGCUACGCGUUGGAGCUCGUCGAAUUUGCGCCGCCGUACUUUGUCAUUUCCGCCCGCGUCGCUUCGGGCUUUUACAUUCGCUCGCUGAUUUCCGACAUUGGCCUUGCCGUCGGCUCGCUCGCAACUACAACCGAAAUUCUUCGAACCCAACAGGGAGACGUUCACAUUGCAGAGCCCCGCAUUGUGACCCGGUUGGAAGACCUGACAAAUUACGAUCUCUUGCUGGAGCGUCUGGCCAUGACCAGUCCCGCAAAGCUCAGCAAGCACGACCGCGUCGCCGGGGCCGGAAGCGGCGCCACGCCGGCUCGGCCAGCAGCUCCAGCCAGCCAUUCAACAGCACGGUCGGAAGCAACUUCCGAGCAUCGCCAAGCUCCAACUCCCACAUCCGCCACCGCCUCCGCUUCUGAUGAAGUCGCUGGAGGCAAGGUGACAAUUCCUCGACCCAGCAUUCUUGAGAGCAGCAGCAGUUUUGUCGACCGCGGCAACAAGGGCUUUAACAACAUUCGACGCGAAGGCAGCAAGGGUUCCGGCAACAAGGGCCCUGGCCACCUCCGGGACCCGCGGUUUUCGCAAGAGCUGGUUCAAAGCGCAUUGCGCACCCGGGCGGACCCCAAACCCAAAUCUGUUGGCAGUGAAGGAAACGGCAGUGAUUGAUAGGCCUCUGCUGUAGCUUUUGCCAUAAUAUACUGUACUUUUAAAUCG